UCAAAACUGCAUGAAGUAGACACAAUAAACACAAACAUGAGCUGAGCUUAAAUCAGGAUUGGAAGCACAACACCUCAGUCAAUGAUGACUCAGCACUGCAUAUGGAAGAUAUUUCUCUUUAGCUUGUGGAUGCAUUUUGACUUGAUGCCCUUCUUGCACUGCAAUGCUGACAUUGAGCAUAAUUUGUCAAAGCAAGAUGUUUUGCUCAUACAAGAUGAAGAAGAUCCAAAGUGUUUCACUCGAACAAUGACUGAUUUCACCUGCUUCUUUGAGACCACAGACAACCGGACGUAUGAUUUUCUCUAUAAUAUUGAAGGGGACCCAAGUAAGAAGUGUAAAAUGUCCAUCGAUGAAACAGAAAACGGAACUUUCCUACAUGUCUGUUCGUUUCCACGGUGGGAUAUCUUUACAUACGUUGGGACUAAAGUGAAAGUGGUGGAUCAGACCAAAAACAUCAUUUUGUACAAGCGGACAGUCUAUGUGGAGGAUCUUUGUCUUCUGGAUCCCCCCUCCAUUGUCUCCCUACAGCCAGGAGACACUGUGGGAAAAAUGCUUAUUUCUCUGGACACAAAUUUAAAACACAUAUGGAAAGAGAAAUAUAGAAUUUGCUAUUCUUCCAAGAAACUUGGGGAAAAAACAGUAGAGGGAAAAGACAGUAGCGUUCUGCUCUCACUGGAACCAGGUGAGGAGGUUGAGUUUCAGGUUUCUGUGAAAUGUGAAAAUGGACCAGACGCACAUCCUGGAUACUGGAGUGCCUGGUCGAAACCUGUGCGAGCAAUAGUUCCCCAAAGUACAGAUGAUAUUUCCCUGGUAUGCUUCACCUCUGACCUGCAACGUGUUACCUGUCAUUGGAAUAGCACCAAAUAUGGUGCAGAAAAUGAAUACAAGCUCUUCUAUAACUCUAGUCAUCCUUUGAACUGGAUGGAGUGUCAGGAUGAUGGAAAUCUUUCUGACACCUGUUCUUUUCAUGGAGAUAAGUCUGGAGCAAUGAAGGUCAAGCUCAGCAGCACUGCAGCUCCACUCAAACGACUGUUCUUCAGCAAAGAGAUUGAGCUGAAAAAGUCCAUUAAAAGUGGCCCACCAAGUCAUCUGAAAGGAGAACUGAUUAACGACAAGUUGUGCUUGGAGUGGGAAGCUCCUCUCCUGUCUCUGUUAAACCACAUGGUGUAUGAGGUUGAUGUUCAGAUCGAAGCAGUUGAAGACUUCAGGAUAACAAAACAGCGAAACACCAGCAUGUGUGUGCGUCUUUCAUCAGGAGGCCAGUUCAGUGUAAAAGUUAGAGCUAAACCUGAUGGGUCGAUUUAUUCAGGACACUGGAGUGACUGGUCAGAUGUCCUCUCAGGUACCACCACUGAUAAUACAGACAUGCAGCUCGUGUGGUGUUUCUAUGUUUCCAUCCUGGUCAUAACUAUCAGCUUCAUCACAACCAUUUUACUUUGUCGCAGGAAGCUCAAGCUGUUUUUUUGGCCACCAGUGCCCAACUUUGAAAAGGUUCUGCAGGGCUUCCUGACAGACAUCAACCAGCAGAAAUGGGACCCUCCAGUCACAUCGAAGCUGUAUUUUGAAGAAACAACGUCCUCUGUAGUGGAAAUCAUGUCUGCUGAGCUUCCAGUACUCAACAAGCCUACUGAAGAAUUUGACUUCCUCUCCUCUGAUGGAAGCUUUUCCAUUGAGGAACAGGCAGAUGGAAGUUCUGGGAGCGAAACCCUCAGAGACUAUGUAACUCUGAAGAAAGAUCUCUCCAUACACUGCCUUAAGGAAAACUGUUAUGUUUAUGAGCAGUUUAAAGAUGGAAAAUAUCCUGAAGAAGGAGAUAAACUUUAUACUACAUGCUGCUGUCUUAAGCCUUGCUCGUGCAACAACUAUUUUAACCAUUCUUACCUACCGAUGUCUCAGUCUACAGACAGCUUGAGUAAAAAUAUUAAUGUCAGAGACGAUGAAAGUAACCUCUAUACUAACCUUUCCCUCGACUAAACAUGCAACACAAGUCUGCUUCCAACUUAAGUUUUCUGUACAGAAGCGAUCAAUUCACAUAGAGCAUUAACAGAUACUGGUUUCACCAAAGCAUAGUUAGCAGGUUUUGAACAAAUCAUCUUGCUGGUUUGUCCUGUUAUAUUUUCAGUAAAAUCUACAUUUGAAAAACAAUUAAAAACAAGAAGGGUGACGAUAAAAAUGAAAAGGAAGUUUUAUGUUAAAACAUUACUACGGAUAUAUAGAAAAAAGCUUGAAAUGUUUAUUAUAACUGGUGUAAAAAUAAGUGCUGUCAUAAAUGCUCUUUUUUAUGCAGUCGUUUUUAGAGUAUUUUGGAUUAUGCUGAACAUAUAAUAACAGUUCUUAUAUUUUUCAUGUAACAUUAAGUUCAAAUAUUAGCAACUAACUUUACAUUCUGUUGUAUGGGGCAAUAUAGUAGUAAUUUUUUAAAACUAUUUGUAGCUGUUCUGUAUAGUAAUCCAUUACUUUAUUGCCUCAGAGCUUGUAUACUUACAAUAUAAAUUUGAAAUUUUGUUUUUAAAAAAUAAAGGCCGUCAGGGUUCUUAGAGAGAAAAGUCUUGCAAAGUCUUUGAUAAGUAUAGAAAAAUAAAACAGAAGUAAUAUAAUAAUAAUAAUUCAGGUGUUUUUAUGUGUUUUUUUUAAAUUGUAUCAGGCAAUUUUUGAAAUGCAAAGUUAGUACUAUGAGCUAUAUCCUGAUACAGUGCAUCUCUCCUCUUGUGGUUAAUGUGUACUAUAUACUGUCGCUGUUUUAAAUAAAGUAAGUCGUAAAUCUGGAAAAGUAUGAAACAUAUAUAGUACAUUAUGCGCAUUGCGCAGGCACCUUGUACUUUGUUCUGUAGUUCUUGUUUAAUAACACUAGGUGGCAGCACACAUCAACUUGCCGAUAUGUGCUACCGCAAUGAGGGACUUCAAGGGGCCACGGACUGAAUCUGUACCAAAAUCAUAAACUCACAUUUUCUCAGGCUUUGUGAUCUUGUGAACUUUUUGCAUACUCAUAUGAGAUAUGAGGAUUAAGAUGUCAUUAUUUGUUUUAAAAGAAGUUUCAACUCUAAGGUUAAUAAAUGACUCACAACACAGAUGAAAGCUAAUGUUAAUUUAUUCAUAAAAGAGGAAAAGGCUCAAGUAUAGAGGAGUUCAACAAUUUGAAUUAAAACCAAAACACCUGAGAUGGAACAAUAACAUCUUAACAACUAGGAGUGGAUGUAAACCCUACAUGUUUGACGUUUUAAAAGCUUUAAGAUAUUUUUUAUCUAAACCCAAAUUUAGAUAAUUUUGCAAUUUAUCUAUAUUAGUUCUGAAUUACAGUCCAAGUAUGGGGGAUCAUUAUACUGCAGCUAAGGCAUUAGAAAAAAAACUAUCCAGUCCAACUACUGUUUGCUAUCACACCAGCAGCAGAUCAGCAGAGUCUGCCAGGGCAUAUGAUGUCACAGUCAUAAAGUAGCCCAACGUUGUCCAUGAGGAAUUAGGAGAAAGGUGGGAGACAGAAUGUGUUCAAAGUGAGAGGCAACAGAAGAAGAAAAUUUGAAAGGGCCAGUGUUUACUCCCCAAGCUGCUUUUCCUCCCGACAUGAAUUCUUUCCAUGUUUCAUCACUGCCCUCUUGCCCAUACGCUAAUGUCUAUGGGGGGAGGUUGAGUCACCUCCUGAUGUCAUUUCCUCAACUUUCACAGACAAUCACACCGAGAACCAGAGCUGCCUCAGAUGUGAUGGACAUGCAGGGUUGUGGACAUGUGUUUGUAUUUAUCGUGUUGUCAUGUUUACAGGCCUCAAACACGAAUUCGCCAACAACGGAAAUGAAGCUACUUAAGCAGCAACAACAUCAGGUAGGCUUCUACUGGAAGCUCAUCACACGGCUGUGGUUAAUUGGUCCUGAAAACUCUGACUGCAAUCACAUUUGGUCCUGUUGAAUUUUGUGCUAUAGAGAGUGCUGACAGGAUGGCGUACAUCAGAUUCUGACGGAAAAACUGCCAAACAAGAAUAACAAACAUCCAGUGUAAUCAAAAACACAGGCAGAACUAAUGAUGUUGGAGAAAGUGCAGCAACCUCAGAGUCGUUCAGCGGGAAAAAAGUCAUUGAUUUUCCACAAAGGCACUGGCAGAAGUAGGAAGGAAGGUUGUGUUGGUUUCAAUAAAAACAUACAGUGCCUUUAAAAGUAUUUUCUACAUUUUGUCAUGUUAAAACCACAAAUGUUAAUGUUCUUACCUUAUGUAAAUAAGGUACAUACAGUACAUUACCUUGUAUUUUAUGUGAUAUUUUACCACAAAGCAAUACAUGAAUAUCUAUCCCAGUCAGCUUUUAUUCCAGUAUUGCCCUGCCUUAAACUAUGGUCAUAUUCCCCAUCAUCAUCAUUUUGUCAUCUUUUACCAGCUCCUGGUAAGAGAUG